AUGUAUUGUUUGCUGAGCUGUGAUAUAGUGUGGACAGAAGGAGUACUCCUAACAACAGCAGAAUCAACUAACAUCCCACUACUGCAUCGAGUUGCACUCCUAUGCAUUGCUUGUGACAUACCAGCAGCACGAAAAGUAAGUGGUUUCCUAGGGCACUCUGGUACCCUUGGCUGUUCGAGGUGUCAGAAGCAAUUUCCUGGAGAAAUAGGGAACAAAAAUUACUCAGGGUUUGGCAAAGAUUCUUGGGUCCUAAGAAACAAUAGUCAACAUCGUGCCAGUGUUGCUUCACUGUAUCAGUACAAAACUCCAUCAGCUCGUGGACGUGAAGAAUCGAAAACUGGAGCCAGGUAUAUAUGGUUUCUAUUGCAACCAGUGACUCGUGGUGGCAAAUGUGGCAAGAAAGAACAUGAAAGCCGAUAUAAAAAGUUCAGAGAAUUGAGGUUUGACGAACUUUAUCACUCAUCAGUGCCUCGUCCUGACGAACGUCAAAAUAAGUUUGAAUGCCCUGAUUCUGAUAGUGUUAUUUCAUCUAACUUGAUCAGAUCAGUCCGGUCAAAAGUGAGAAAUGGAGAAAUUUCUAGAGCAGGCAAUCUCUUAACAAGUUCAGGUUUGGCAACUACAUCCCUUGAGACUUUUCAGCGUCUGCAAGAAAAACAUCCACAACGCAAAAAUCUUAUCUCUGAAGAACUAAAGCACCACAAACCCACCUGCUCUCCAGUCCAAGUAUCUCUUUCUUUGUUCAUUUCAGUUCUCAAAAAUUGUCCGAAUGGAUCUAGUUGCGGUUUCAAUGGCUGGAGAUUUGAACAUCUAAAAUUAUUGUUAGAUUCUGACUACACCACGUCUCAUUUGCAUUCUUUGUGCAAUAGCUAUUUAUCAGGUUCUGUACCAGAUGUUGUGGCCACUACUCUAGCUGGCGCAAAGUUGAUUGCUUUGCAGAAAAACGUGAAUGAUGUCCGACCAAUUGCGGUUGGUGAUUCUUUUCGACGACUGACGGCCAAACUUGCAUGUCAUCAACUCAAGAAGAAGAUUUCGACUUUCCUUGCCCCUCAUCAAUAUGGAGUUUCAACGCCGGGUGGAGCUGAGCUAAUGACACAUCUCAUUCAGGCAUCUCUGGAGGAGCAUCCGGAGUGGAUUGUUAUUAAAACUGAUGCAAAAAAUGCUUUCAAUACUGUUGAUCGGUCUGCCUUUUUGUCUGAAGUUGCUUCAACUUUUCCGGAACUGUAUCCAUUUGUGGCGCAAUGUUAUAUUCCUCCAGCUAAACUCACUGUUCGAGUGGGCUGUAAAACACAAUUUAUACCGUCCGAGGAAGGUGUACAACAAGGCGAUCCUCUAGGACCCCUAUUGUUUGCCCUAGCUCUUCAACCAAUACUGAUCAAUGCAGCUAAAGAUCACGAGUCAGUUCUUACGCCUAGCUAUCUCGAUGACAGCAUGAUUCUAGGGCCAAAAGAGGAAGUGAUCAAUUGUUACAACAAUUUGAAAGUUCAACUAUCUAAAAUUGGAUUAGAAUUGAGAGAGGAUAAAUGUGAAGCUUUCUCACCAAUCGGUAUCCAUGACUGGCCUCUGAACAUUCCUGUACAAAAGAACGGCUUUGUUGUCUUAGGAACUCCUAUUGGAUCCCUGUCUUUUGUUAAAGAUCGAUUUCACACUUACUUCGAUGUGUUCCUCCAACGGUUACUGCUGAGGCUACGAGAGAGUUUGACGUAG